AUGGACCAUAAGCCACUAAAAGCCAUCGUGAAGAAGCAGCUGGACCAAGUUCCGAGAAGACUGCAAGGGAUGAUCCUGCAGACUCAACGCUACAACAUCGACCAACAGUACCGACCAGGAAAGAAACUUCUGCUUGCCGAUACAAUGUCACGAGCAUUCUCGCCAGACGACCUAUGCGAACAGCAGCUGGAAGACAUCAACGUGGUGAACCACCUACCUGUGCGAAAGGAUACUGCAGAGAAGAUCCGCCACGCAACCCUGAGGGAUGACACCUUGCAAAAGCUGACAAUAGUGAUCAGAACAGGAUGGCCACAGGAAAGGCACAAUAUCGAACCAGAAGUCAGGAUGUACUUCCUUUUCCGACCCGAACUUGACCUGGAAGAUGACAUCCUAUACAAGGGACAACGACUGGUGAUCCCAAAAGCACUCCGUGGAGAGAUGAAAGAAAAGCUACAUUCAUCACAUAUGGGUAUCGAAAGCACUCUACGACGUGCACGUGACAGUAUUUUCUGGCUGAGCAUGAAUGCUGAAAUCAAGGACCACAUAUCAGCCUGUAAUGUGUGUCAGAAACAUGCACCAGCGCAACAACGAGAGACGCUGGAACCACACCCGAGACCAGACUUCCCGUGGGAACGUGUUGGAUGCAACAUACAGGAACACUACAGCAAGCACUUCCUAAUCACAGUGGACUAUUACAGCAACUUCUGGGAGGUGGAUCAACUGAGCUCGUUAACAUCUGCCCAUGUGAUACGCAGACUGAAAGCACACUUCGCAAGACACGGCAUCCCAAGUGUUCUGAUCACGAACAAUGGCUCACAGUUUGCUUGUGAAGCGUUCAACAAAUUCGCGAUCCUUUGGAACUUCGAACAUGCCACGUCCAGCCAACGAUACCCAAGAUUGAACGGUAUUGCUGAGUCUACCGUGAAACUGUCAAAAUGCUCUUAA